UCAUCGAUAUCAUUGAUUGUAAACAAUGAUAAUCAUCAGCCAGAUGUUCAUCAAAAAAACAUUCAAAAAUCAUCGAUUUUGGCUCUAAUCAUUCGACAAAAAAUGACGCAUCCAAUACUAUCAUCAUAUCAUCGAAAAAGGAAUAUCCCUAUGGGAUUUUUCCAAUUUUUUCUGCUAUUAUUCUCAAUAAUAAUCCUCAUUAUAAAGAAUAGUGAUCAAUCCUAUCAACCAAAACGUAUUUGUUAUCUGUUGGCCGAAAAACCUGAACAUUUAAUUCCAAUUGAUCAAUUAAAAUUCAAAUUAUGUACGGAUUGGAUAUUUUCAUUUGCACAUUUAAAUGGUUAUAAUGUUACAAUAAGUCCAUUGAUGGAUGAUUAUAUACGUAAAGUUAUGUCAUCAUCAACAACAACAACAACGAAUAAAACAAAUGUGGAACAAAAUUUUCUCAUUUCAAUCGGUACUGGUGAUAUGUCAUUUGUUGAUAAUCCAAAAGAUAUUGAAAAAUUUAUUGAUUCAAUCAUUCAAUUAAUGGAUCGAUUCAGCCUGGAUGGUUUUGAUUUAGAUUGGGAAUUUCCUGAACAACGUAAACAUCAAUUUACACGACUGUUACGUAUGAUACGUUAUCGUUUUCAACAUAAAUUAAAUAAUCAUGGCCGACCAUAUUUAUUAAGUGUUGCAUUAUCACCAAAUAUUUAUAUUGUUGAAACAAGUUAUGAUAUUCGUUCGAUUGGACAUUUAGUUGAUUUUGUUAAUCUAAUGACAUAUGAUUUUCAUUCACCAAAUACAUUUCCAUAUACAAAUUUUAAUUCACCAUUAUAUGCAAACCGAUUGGAUAAAUUAUAUUUUGAAUAUUUUAAUGUAAAUUUUGCCGUAAAUUAUAUGUUACAAUUAGGAUUACAACGACAAAAGCUAAUGGUCGGUAUACCGUUUUAUGGUUAUAAAUAUUUUCUAGUCAAUCAAAAAUUUCAUAAUCUUUAUGCAUUAUCCAAUGGUACUGAAGUUCCGGUUGCAUUCAAUGAAAUAUGUGGACGUGAAUUUCUCGCCGAUCCAAAUACAACAAAAAUAUUUGAUCAAAAUUCCAAAGUUCCAUAUGCAUAUCGUAAUUUUGAAUGGAUUACAUAUGAUGAUUAUGAAAGCGUAACAAUAAAAGCACAAUGGAUUAUGGAUAAUCAUUUGGGUGGAUCAAUGACAUUUCCAUUAAAUUAUGAUGAUUAUGAUAAUCAAAAAUGUAAAACAAAUCGAAAUUAUCCACUUCAAUCUAUUCUUUAUGAUAUUAUUAAUUGAAAAAAAUUAUUUAAAAAAAUUCAAAUAAAAAUUUCAAUCUAAA